ACCAUUUUGCCAUUUGAGACAAAUUAAUAACGAAAGUAUAACUACACACAUUUGCUUGCCUAGGAUUCUGUUUAUUACAAACAAGCUGAUGACAAGAUAAAAAAAAAUAUUGCAGUGUGUAUAGAGAGACUUAAAAAUUGCCAAAUUGAUCAAGAAGGGAAAAUGAACCAGAGUGACGUGCUGGAGUUGUGCGGCGAUCUGCACGAUGGAGACGCAGCAUCUAUGCAAUUGAAGGUUAUUAAAUAUUUGGAGAAACAUACCAAGUCUGAGUGUUGUGCGCUAUUAGUAGUAUCGGAGGAUACAACUGAGUUGUUUUGUCAAGUAAUUGGAAACAAGCUUCUAGAGCCUGAAGUUCGAUUUGCUAUUCCAACUUGCUGCUUAAGUGCAAUCUUAAUUUCCAAGAAGACGAUGAAACUAGCUGAUAUUGGUGAGGCUGGACGUUUAGAGUUGAGUCAACGGUUAGGGUUAGAGGUCAAAUGUGCUGUGUUCGUACCAGUAGUGAACCUGGCCACUGGGUCUGCAGUAGGCAUCGCCUGUGCAUUUAACAAAAAAAAUAAUCAAAGUUACACACCAUUUGAUGAAGAUGUGAUAACGCAGUGUUUUAGAUACACAAUCCCAGUCCUAACCAGUACAUUAGCUUUACAGAUGGAACGCAAACUUAAACAAGAAACACAGUCUUUACUUCAAAUUGCCAAGAACCUAUUUACUCACCUCGAUGACGACACCUUGUUGCUACGGGAGAUAAUGCAAGAAGCUAGAAAUCUUACACAAGCUGAAAGGUGCUCACUAUUCUUGGUGGAGAAGGACAUGCUAGUUGCUAAGGUAUUUGAUGGCAACGUGAAGGAAGACUGCGCGGAGGUGCGUUUCCCCAUUAAUCAAGGCAUUGCAGGACAUGUCGCAACCACUGGAAAAACGUUGAACAUCAAAGAUGCGUACUCUCAUCCGUUAUUCUAUGCUGGAGUUGACAAAGAAACUGGUUUCAAAACCAAGAAUAUUCUCUGCUUUCCGAUCAUGGAUAAUUCAACCUCUAGCUCAAAAAUAAUAGGAAUUGCUGAACUAUGUAACAAAAUUGAUGGCUUGUAUUUUACUAAGCACGAUGAAGAGGUUGCAAGUGCCUUUUCUGUCUACUGCGGCAUUAGUAUCGUUCAGAGUUUGCUCUAUACGAGGAUGAAAGAUGCUCAAUACCGUAGUAAACUCUCAAAUGAACUAAUGAUGUACCAUAUGAAGGUAACUGAUGAGGAUGGUCUACUCUACAGUGAAGAGGUGAAGCCUAUUUUGUUUUAUGAUCCUCUUAUAACCAACUUUACUUAUUCACCUCGUGGAAUUCCUGAUCAAGAAACCAUCCUGGUUUGUUUGAGUAUGUUUGAUGACAUGGGCCUAUUGAAUAGCUACAGAAUAGAUAAGAGAACUUUAACAAACUUCUUUCUGAUGGUGAAGAAGGGGUACCGUGACCCCCCUUACCACAACUGGUAUCAUGCCUUUACUGUUGGCCACUUCUGCUAUUUGCUCUACAAGAAUAUUAACAGCUUGAAUUCUCUCAGGGAAAUUGAAAUACUUGCACUAUUUGUAGCUUGCCUUUGUCAUGAUCUUGAUCACCGUGGAACAAACAACAGCUUUCAGGUUCACUCUGAUUCUGUGCUUGCCGCCCUCUAUAGUUCAGAAGGAUCAGUAAUGGAGAGACAUCACUUUGCUCAGGCGAUGUGCAUUUUAAACACAGAGGGAUGCAAUAUUUUUGAGACUUUAUCAAGACAGGAUUAUCAGGAGGUACUGGAUUUAAUGCAGGAUAUUAUACUGGCCACCGACCUCGCUCAUCAUCUACGUAUCAUCAAGGAUUUGAAGAAAAUUGCUAAAGAGGGAUAUAAAAAGGAAGAUGCAAGAUGUAGGAAACUGUUGCUGUGUUUACUUAUGACAAGUUGUGACUUAUCAGAUCAGACGAAGGGAUGGAAGACAACAAAAAAGAUUGCUGAACUAAUCUACCGCGAGUUCUUCACGCAAGGUGACCUGGAGAAGGCCAUUGGCAUCCCUCCACUGGAGAUGUAUGACAGAGAGAAGGCAUUUAUUCCUGAAUUGCAACUUAACUUUCUUGAUCACAUCGCAAGACCUGUAUAUCAGAUUCUUGCCGACAUAUUUCCUGAAGCGCAAGUUCUUUUAAACACAGUGGAUGGUAACCGAAAUAUGUGGAUCAGGCUCCGAGACGAAAGCAAGCAACGACGCCUCAGCAGCACAAAUUCUCUCGAUUUCUUUGACAUGCAAUUCCAUAGUGAAACGCCCGCUUUGAUUCCAGAAGAAAACAACACUGAUUCAAGCAUUAAGGAAGAACAAGGAAAAAGCAAUUAAAUCUACUGAAAGAAAGUGCCAUUCUGUGCUGUGGCUUAACACCCCAUUGGUUGUUGUAUACUCCCUUACUUAGUUUACUGCCAUUCCAUGCUGUGGUUUUACCCACUUGAUGACUGACUGAUGUAGGGUAAAUGAUAUAGACGGGGCAAUGCUUGCUUUAUAACCCAUGUUUAGAGCUUGUUAUUCACUGCCCCCAACAAUUGUCAGUCGAUGCGAUUCUACGGAGAACUCAACCCUACAACGUGCAUGCAAGGGAUUGUUCUUAAUGAUAAUCUGUUCAAACUGCCAACGACAAUUAGCAGACGGCAUCGCUUCUUCUAUCCAUCCACAGAGAGUGGAGUUGGAUUCAUCGGCCGAUGUUCUUACAACUGCCGUACGACACAUCGCGUGUUAUAGGUAUCCAAUAUCAUCAAGAUGUGUACAAAAUCCAGAGCACCAAAAUUCAGUGCACCUUUCUCAUUGGUCAGUUUAAUUGACGCUAUGGAAAAGCCCAUUAUCACUGUCUUAAGUAACCUGGAAAGCAAAAUGAUAAAACAUGGGAUUUAUAUACACGUAGUUGUAUAUUGUUCAAUAAAAUGCAAAGACAUAUAAUAACAAUAAUAUGAAAAAUUGUAAUUAUUUAGACAAACUGUGAUGGAUGUAGGUGAUUUGGGGUUUUGUUUGUACUGGUGCUGAUAAUAGUGAUGAUGAUAGUGGUGGUUAUGGUGGUGUUGAU